AACAUAUGUGCACUCAUGGAAACAUAUAUAUUCCUAUGUAAAUGAUUUGUACAUAAAUGAUCACAAUGACGUGUUUUUAAAUCUAUGUUUCAGUGGGGGCUAAUGCAGAACACUCAACAGAUGCAACUCCCCGUGGCAUAAAAAUGAGUCCAGUGAAGAUACAAUCAAUGGAAUUAUUUGAUACUGACACAGAACACUUACCCAGCAAUUUUGGAAGAGGUAUAAUCAAGGGGGAAGCCAAGAAACAACCAAUGCACCAUACUGUGGGGGCUAAUGCAGAACACUCAACAGAUGCAACUCUCCGUGGCAUAAAAAUGAGUCCAGUGAAGAUACAAUCAAUGGAAUUCUUUGAUACUGACACAGAACACUUACCCAGCGAUUUUGGAAGAGGUAUAAUCAAGGGGGAAGCCAAGAAAAAAACAAUGCACCAUACUGUGAGGGCUAAUGCAGAACACUCAACAGAUGCAACUCCCCGUGGCAUAAAAAUGAGUCCAGUGAAGAUACAAUCAAUGGAAUUCUUUGGGUGUUACCCCAAUGUUGAUGGUGGAUGUUGGUUCAGACUGGUGGUUGCUGAAGUCGGGGUAGCUGUGGAAAUUUCUUGAAAUAAGACAACAAUAGAGUUUGCCAUAUCAACUUAAUCUUCUGCUCAUGUAUGAGUUCUCUGUUGAAUGCAAGCCUGUUUGAUAGCAUUAUACCCACAGUAGAACUUCUUUUAAAAUUGGAGUAGUACUGUCAAAACCUGCACUUCUUCAUCAGCUAAGUUUAUGUAAUGUUCUAAAACGUUGCUGUCAAUUCAUCAAUCUUCUCAGCAUCCUUUCUAAGAGUAGAUUCCAUCUCAAGUUACUACGUUCUUUGAUCAUACCUAAGAAGGUGCUCCUUACCUAUUAAAGUUGUAUCAUGAGAUUAUAGCAGAAAUCCAGGCUGUACUUCUACAGGCUCCACUUAUUAAUCUAGUUCUCUUGAUGUUUUCACCACCUCACCUGUUAUUUCUCUGAUGGAAAACUUGAAAUUUUCAUGGUCAAUGAAAAUGGCCUGAAUAAACUUCUUUCAACCUCCUGUUACUAUUGAUAUUUUGACCUCUCCCAUGAAUCACAGGUUUUGUUAAUGGCAAAGAUCAAAGUGGGUCUGAAUAUUUUACAAUUUACUGCAUGUUUACAAACAAUUUCUGAAUGUUUACAACUUAUUUUGUCCAGAUCCAUUGGGUCCAUCACGAAGUAUGUUAGCUAUAGCAUUUUGAAAUGUGAUUCUCAUAUACUAGGACUUGAAAUUACUCAAAAUUACUCAUCUUUGCACAUGCGCUUCAGAAGGAAUGUAGUGUUGACUAAUUUGAAACACCAUUAAUCUCAUUGUUCUUCCCCUCAGAACUUUGGGGUGACCAGGUGCCUUGUCAACUUGCAGCAAUAUAUUGAAAAGAUUCUGUUUUCUGAAUGGUAGUGAAGUAUGGUAGCAAUUAUCUCAGGUAUAAACUAUAGUUUAAGUUUAACCCCGCUGUUCGGCUUCUGAACUUAUUUGCUUUGUUUAAUAAUAGAAAAGUUAUACUAAUUUUCUGAAUUAUAUAAAUUAUCCCAUUUGAUUAAAUACCCUCUUGAUUAUGUGAAUAUCCCAUUGGUUGUGGUUAUACUGCUCUUAGAAAGCACAUUUUCCUUUACCUGGGAAGGACAGCACAGUUAUCACUAGGUCAGAGGGCUCCAUUUAAAUUGUUCCUGUUGACUCAGUGUUCUAGAGACCCAAAAACUGUGAUUUAGAUAACAUGCUGCUUCUGCUUCUGUAAACUGCUUUUUUGCAAACCAGGUUCCUCAUUCUGGACUCCAGGGCUCUAGAUAAUGUGUUUCUGUCAAUUCAGUGAUCCAGAGACUCAAAACUAUAAUUUAGAUAACAUGCUGCUUCUGCUUCUGUAAACUGCCUUUUUGCAAAUCACUUUUCUCAUUCCAAACCUUGGGAUGUACUCAGUGCCUUUGUGAUCUUUGCCUAUAUAAAUCUGGUGUUGUGGCCAUCUUAUCACUAUGAUAUUUGGGAGAGCAAAAUGCCCCCUCAUAGUCCCGGAUUUACAAUAAAUGUUACCCUUUAAUUCGACUUCUUGAGGCGUCCUUGUCUGAUUCGCGGGGUACAUUACAACAGUAGGUCUUAAGAGUGGGCCAAAAUAUUUAGA